AAAAAAGAAAAGGGGAAAAAAUGAGAAAUCAAAACAAUCUGAAUGUUUGUUUACUUUUUUUACUCUCAUUUUGUGAUUAAUUUUUUCUGUUUAAUUGUUGAAUCAUUUGUUUCUUUUAUUAAUGUUAAUCAUCAGUAUCCUUGUUAAAAUUUGUCUACAACAAUUUAAUCGUAAAUUGUUAAGAAUUAAAGUUAAAUAGGAUAACCUUAUAAUUUAACUUUUCCAUCUCAUGACAUCAACAAUCAAUUCUGUUCAUUGGUUUCAUCGGAAAACAGAAUCAACUGAUGAUGAUUGGCAGCCAUUUUCUAGAUUUGAUUCUAAUCGUUUAGAGGAAGCAUAUCAAUCAACUGAUGAAUACAAAUUGUCUUCUAACAAUUAUUCCAAUCACAACAAUCAAAAUUCAAAUGAUAAAACGGUAAACACCGGGGAAAAUAUUGACAAAAACAAAGGUAACAAUGAGUAUAUUGUAUCAACGAAUGGUGGUCGAUAUGAUGUUCACCUGAAGUCAAGAUGUCGAAGGUCAAUUUAUUGGCCGGAACCUGAUAGUUUGGUGCUUCGGGCAACAUGGUUCUAUCGACCUGGAAGUCGAAUGAGUUAUAAACCGUUCAAUGAAGAGGCUGUCACCUUAUUGGAAAAAGCAUAUCAAGAAAGUGUUCAAACUGGAAAUUGGAAUCAAAAGAUUUAUCUUUCUUCGGGAGAUACGGUCAUUUUUCACAAUUCCAAGGUUUUCGUCCAUUACGAGGCCGAUCAUGUACCAUUUACCGAUGAUUGGAGUAACAUUACCGAUAACUUAACGAAACCAGGAAAGGUUUGGCGAGGAGUUCAUGAUCUCGUCUUUGAAGAAGGUGAAAUCGAUUCAAUUGAUCAUUUAGUGUUUGUUGUUCAUGGAAUCGGUGAAAUUUGCGACUUAAGGUUACGAAGUUUAAUCGAGGUUGUUGACGAUUUCAGAAGAUUAACCAAUAAUCUGGUGAAAACUCACCUUGCCGAAGAGAUUAAAUCUCCUGGACGAAUUGAAUUUAUUCCAAUCUCUUGGCAUGCAGCUCUUCAUGGAGAAAAGACUGGAAUUGAUAGUAGACUUAAUUUAAUUACUCUCAAUGGAAUACCUAAAUUACGACACUUUAGCAAUGAUACAAUUCUCGAUGCUCUUUUCUACACAAGUCCAAUCUAUUGUCAAAUUAUCAUCGAUACUGUUGGUAAUGAGCUUAAUCGAGUUCAUGAACUGUUCAUUCAAAGGAAUCCCAAGUUCAAAGGAACUGUCAAUCUAAUGGGACACAGUUUGGGCUCUUUGAUUAUUUUCGAUAUUUUAUCCAAUCAACUAUCAUCAUCAUCAACAUCAAUCAAUCAACAAAACGCUAAUGAUACUGUAAAUAUGGAAAAAAUGACCUCUCAGUCUCUGGAAGAAAUUUUCACUUCGAUCGAUCUCAUCGAGUACAUAGACUUAUUCAAGAAGGAAAAGAUUGACACUCGAACUUUAGUGAAUCUAGAAAAUAAACAUUUGGUUGAAUUAGGACUCGAAAUGGGCCCUAGGGUGAAACUAUUGAAAUUCAUCGAGAAUCAGGUGAAAACUCAGAGCGAUCCUGAUGAUCCAUCGAAAUCUAUUAUCUUCAGCAAGAUGAAAGCUCGAAUAGGCCAACCGAACAUCAAUUAUCCUUUAUUAUCAUUCAAUACAAAAUGUUUCUUCGCGCUUGGUUCACCCGUUGCCGCUUUUCUAACGGUCAGAGGGAUAACGAAUUUAUCCAAUGACAAUUUCCACCUUCCAACUUGUGGUCAAGUUUUCAAUAUUUUCCAUCCUUUCGACCCGAUAGCCUAUCGUUUAGAACCAUUGAUUGAUGAGAAUUUCCAGCAAAUUUCUCCAUGUCAAAUACCCCAUCACAAAGGCCGUAAACGAAUGCACCUCGAACUAAAAGAAAAUCUAAUUAAAAUGGGAUCUGAUCUGAAAGAAAAAGUUUACAACUCAUUAAAACCCGUUUGGGACUCACUUUAUGGCCUUAAACGAGUACGAAAUAUAACCGCUUCGACUGAAGAUCAAUCGUCUUCUCCAUCAACAUCAUCAUCAUCAAUAGUAAACGAAACAUUGGUCAAAGAAAAUCAAGAUGAACGAAUGGAUUCACAAGUUAAUUGUGAAAACGAUCCAAUGGAAACCGAUGAUAGAGAAAAUCAAAAUAUCGAUCAAACCGAAAUGGUUGAUCUUUCCGAUCAAAAUCAUCCCUGUUACAAAUUUAAUUCAUCAGGACGAGUUGAUUAUGUCCUUCAAGAAGCUCCGAUUGAAUUUUUUAAUGGUUAUAUUUUUGCAUUAGCGACACAUACUUGUUAUUGGCAAUCGGAAGACACUUCACUUUUUGUUUUGAAAAAUGUUUAUAAAAAUUGAUUCUCAUUGA